AUGGGCGCCGAGCGGGCUGCGGAAUCUCCUGUUAGGACGAUCAUCCCCCAGCAACGGCACCAGUUACUCCAGCAGUUUAUGCUGAAGCAGCAGGCCCAGGCUCAAGCGCGAGCGCAGCAGGCUCACGCCCAGCAGGCCCAGGCGCAAGUCCACGCUCAGGUCCAGGCUCACGCCCACGCUCAAGCGCAGGUCCAGGCCCAGCAAGGCUGCCCAGCUGCCCAGGCCAGCUUGGGGCAACAGCAGCAUCAAGACUUCAGUGUCAGCCCUUGGGCUGCACAGCAACAACGCAUCAUUCAACAGGAACAGAGGUCAGAGCUGCUUAGGUUGCAAGGUGAAGGUGCCAGAAAGAACUCUGGUCUGUCUGCUGAGGUGGCUGAUGGAAUGGUCCGGGGAGCUGAUGCAUGGGUGUUGUCAAGCCUUAAUGAUCUUGAGCAUCAGGCACAGGCAAAGCGUAUGAAGUUCAAUCACUAUCUCGGUUCCAGCGUGGGAGGAGUGGCAGGCCUAUCCCCAGGGGUUGCGAUGCCUGCUGGCCAGCAACAUCGAAUGUACACGCAAUUGGCUGGUCAUGGUCUUGUCAGAGACAGAGUCCUGUCCGAUAAGCCCGCAUACCAAGGCUAUGUCUCAAAUGAAGCAGAACCGGUUCCCAAAGUGCCGGGACGAUCAUCACUUGAAUCUUCAACAAACAGUGCAGGCUCAAAUGUGCGGUUUAUUCCUGUGGGUUCUGGUGGGCAGCCCCUGCUGAGCAACUCGCUGCCUAAUGGAGCAUCGCAGAAUGGGACACCAGAAUCGAACAACCCCGUGGACAAGAACCUGUGCAGCCACGUGGGCUUGGAUGUUGUGCCGGAGAAUUCUGAGUAUGGCAUGGAAAAGGGCCUGGAACGGUGUUGUUUCGGGAGCGGGGAUGGCAAUGAGUUGGACAACGGCAGCGGAGCCUUGGAUGUGGGGGCCAGUGACCCAUACUUCUCCAGCGAUAUCCUUGGCCAGUACGAGUUUGUCUAA